AUGCAGGGUUGCUCGAGGCGCUCAUGGCAGCAAUUCCUGCAGAGCUCGCCUGCCCUGUCUGCCUCCCUUAAAUCUGUACAUCCUCUGCCAGCAGGUAGUCCCUCUGCGCCCGCCCUACCAUUUGUUCUCCUGCUGCCCCCCAAUCUUGAUUUCCUAGGGUUUUCUCUGUGGCGCGAUCUUCUACCCGUGUGGCCAAUUUCGCCGUCAAAAGUCGCUCAUUCUCUUUAUUAUCUAUUUUUCUGAUGUCGUCGGAUCGUACAUUGCAGUGUAUGAGACUCACGACGUACGGUACUCAUCCGACAUUGCGGUUAAGGGAGUCGGGCACCUCGUGCGCAAGGGCACGGGGGGUAGGUCAUCCGUCAGGUGAGAUUCUAUGACUUAUUUCUGAAAGAAGGUUUGGAUGGGUGAGGUUGACUGUAUUUUGUCCUGCCAUUGGUUUAGGCAACUUUUUUUCGUUAUGGCGAUUCGCAGAAAGCUGUAGUUAUAUGCGCUCUCCGUGUUUUGUUAGCAAUACACUUGGAGGGGUAUCGUCAAUGUCUUCCGAACAUUAGACGCCUGUAUGAUUGAAAAACUAACUUACUCCGAGGAGAUAUCACUCAUCACCUGAUUAAUUUUCCAUCAUCUGCUUGAUUUUUAUGAAAUUUUCAGUGGAAUUGUUGCCACUGUCUUCGGAGCCACAGGCUUUCUUGGUCGCUAUGUUGUUCAACAGCUUGGUGAGUUGUCAAAAACAUUUUUUAGUUUUCAGCAUUUUGAGUUCGCAGUUUAUGGCUGACUGCCCAUCUCUCUUUUAUACGUUUUGGCAGCUAAAAUGGGUUCUCAAGUUCUUGUUCCUUUCCGAGGCUCUGAAGAUUCCCACAGACAUCUUAAACUGAUGGGUGAUCUGGGACAGGUGUCUUGAUCUCUGUCUUAUAUGUCUUUCCCGCUCCUGAUUUCUUUUCUGAAAGUUUUACAUCUGCUUCUUUGGUCGUAGAUAGUGCCAAUGAAGUACAACCCUAGAGAUGAGGAUUCAAUUAAAGCUGUAAUGGCUAAAGCGAAUGUCGUCUUAAAUCUUAUUGGUUAGUAUACCUUUAGAAUUCAUUGGAUAAUUUCAUUUGGUGGAAUAAUUAUUCUACAGGCACUCAUAUGGGCUUAUAAUAAUUUAUUUUAUGUAAUAUGGCAGGAAGGGAUCAUGAGACAAGGAACUUCAGUUUUGAGGAAGUAAAUCAUGCUAUGGCAGAGCAACUUGCAGUGGUUGGUAUUCGAUUACAUUAGAUUCCGUUAUUACUUACUCAAAAUUUGGACGUUGUUUAGAGGCAGUCACUGUGUAAUUGAUAGCAAACAUCAUUCGACUGAAACACAUGAAGUUGGGUCCUUUUUAUUGUCCUUGAAGCCGAACCCUACAUAAUGUUUAGUAAUUGAUCCCUUUUGAGAGUGUAUCAGGAAGAAGCAUCAAAACAUAGGAAAAAAACUGAUCAUUGUAAAAGACUAUUUUUUUCAAUUAUUUUCGUUGUGUAGCAUAAAUGUGAUGCUGUUGCAUACCCUUGUUGUCCAGAAAAAACUCUUUCCCUCCCCCCACCAUUAAGGGAGUGAGGGAUAGAGCAGGAUUAUUGUCGUUGAAAAUCCGCUAAAUUUAUAGAUAAACAUGGUUUGUAGAUCCGUUUUUGUGGUUCCUAUAUUCACACAUUUUCUUUCAAUUACGUUUUCUUUGUUCGUAAUGCCUGGAUCGACUUGAAGAUGUUUCAUGGAACAUUGGCAAUUCCAUCCACACUGAUGUACGUAUGUUUCGGAAGUGAAAAAAUCUUCGAUUUAUGUUACCGUAUGUUGAAGGCAUGCGUUACUGGUUGCAUGCAUCUUUGCACUGCAGAGUCUUUCAAAAGUGAGCUUGCAGAAUUUUUGAACUGCUUAGGUUUAUGAUUUUAAUUAAUUACUGAUGUCUGUUUGCCUCAGGACGUGAACGUUUUCUAUUGAAAAAAGUUCUGGGCUGAAAUAUUUGGGGUUAAUUGUCGUUGCUUUGACCUUAUUAGAGUUUAAUUUGUAUGAACCUUUGUUAAGUACUGAGAAAAUUUAAAAAUGAAGCCAUAGGUUUUGUAUCCAACGUUUGUCUGGCUAAACUGAUAGCAUGUGGUGUCUAGAAACUGAUCGGUAAUGGGAAAAUAAUGCUAGACAAUAAACUGUGGCCACUAUUUUUAUUUGACAAUCCGGGAGAGGAAGGAAUGUAGAGAAAUAACUGGGUAAAUCUGUUUUUUUAAGAAGUUUCCCCUGCUCUUUAUUUAAUUGUGAGCGUUUCUCAUUUUUCUAGUUGUUACUUGAUGUUUUUUUGCGCGAGCUUGAAUAAUUUGCCCAUUAAUUUUCUUUUUGCCAUGAUAACCUUGCUGAUUUCAUUUUGUUUCAAAAAAAUUAUUUGAAAUUCAUUCAGAUAGCCAAGGAACAUGGUGGCAUCAUGAGAUUUAUUCAAGUUUCUUGUCUAGGAGCAUCUUCAACGUCUCCGUCUAAAAUGUGGAGGGCUAAAGCAGCAGCAGAGGAAGCUAUUUUGAGAGAACUACCUGAGGUGAAAACUUUUACCACUAUUUUCUAGUCAAAGUAAAAUGGAUGAAAUGAAAGCACCUGUGGUCACGUGACACUCUAGAAUCUUAGUUUUGAAAGCACUUGUGGCCACCCAAGUGUUUCCUUUGAAAUGCUUGCUUAUGUUAUUUCCCAAUUAUUUUAGCUUGCAUGAUGUGCUGCCGCUGAAUCUUCAACUUUACGGAUACAAGAUAGUUUUAAUAGACAAAUCGGAUACCUCAAAUGUGCUGUCUUCUGUUUUUCGAGUUACAGGCCACAAUCAUGAAGCCUGGUGUCAUGAUUGGUACUGAAGACAGAAUUUUAAACAAGUGGGCACAUUUUGGAAAAAAAUGGAGCUUUCUCCCACUGAUUGGCGAUGGAUCCACUAAGUAAUCUUUCCUCUCUAGUCUGCCAGUUAUAGUCUUAAAAUUCAACUGUGAAGUAUAGAGUCAUUGGUACUCAUGAACUUUUUUCUGUUUAUUUAUAAGUAAAAUAGUCAUUUAUCAAUGUGAUUGCAGAAUCCAGCCAGUAUAUGUCGUCGAUGUGGCUGCGGCAAUUAUCGCAGCCUUGAAGGAUGAUGGUAGUAGCAUGGGUAAAGUGUAUGAGCUUGGUGGCCCAGACGUUUUCACUGUUCAUGAACUGGUGACACAUCUGCUAAUCUUACUCGUUCAUCUUAUAGUUCAGGUUAAAAGUCUGAUUUUUUUUCAUUUUCAAAAGAGAAUGACUUUUAUCUGUUUCAUUUCACAGGCAGAUUUGAUGUUCGACACUAUCCGUGAAUGGCCACGGUAUGUGAAGGUUCCUUUCCCUAUUGCGAAGGUAGGUUCACUAGUCUGACUAGAUGGUUUCACCGACCUAUGUUAUUAUACUGUCAUAUACCUUCAUUGAACUUAGCUAAGAACUUUCUUCGUCUUAAUUCGAGUUCCUUUAAACCAUUAAUAGUUCAUUUUUUUUCCUUUGGCAUUGCUUCUUCCUUCUCUCUUGUUCAAUGUCUGCUUAACCUGUCUUCUGUGUCUAUAUUAACAUAACAUAUGUCCGACAUUUGACCUUGAGAAAAUUUGCUCGAUCAUAUGAAACGAGGAUUAUAUAUGUCGGCUUUGGAUUAACCGAGGAUGCAUUGAAUUUUCUCAAUCUGGGAUUUUUAUUUUAACGUGUAGUUUGAUGGCAUGGGAUGACAGCUACGGAAAAUCUCUCCAGUGGAGAUAUUUCAUUCUGUUGGUGAUAAUCUCCACUAAAAAAUUUCUGUAUGUGGGUAAUUUGAUAUUUCCAUGAUUAAGUUAAAUAAUAGAUAACAGUGAAUGCUUGGACUUUUAUGAGAAGAACAGGCAUGAUUUGCAGUGUCUGAGAGAAGAAGAAUGGGCCCGCAAAGUGGGCUUCUUGAACUGGUGAGAACAGGCCCUAGACUGCUUUAUUCUGUCCGUCGGCUGAGCUUAGUCAAACUAGCUCAAAUGAUCUAUAGAUCAUGGAUGCCGCUGCUUCGUGCCCUGAUUUUUUUUGUGCUGAAAUGAGAGCGAUUGGUCUUCUCCAGGUACUCACCGUCGAUCCAUUCUUUCUCGCAGGCUCUUGCUUCCCCCAGAGAGUUCUUACUGAACAAGGUUCCCUUCCCCCUUCCGACGCCGAACAUCUUCAACCUGGAUGAGAUCAACUCCCUCACCGUAGACACCGUCGUGUCCGAGAACGGUGAGCUCUCUCCCUCGCUCCUCCGCUUCCCACUGGCGGCGCCGCCUGGUCUGACAACGAUCUUCCCCCCCUCGAAACCUCUGUGUAGCCCUCAAGUUCGCAGACCUCGGGGUCGUGCCGCACAAGCUGAAGGGGUACCCCAUCGAGUUCCUCACCUCGUACCGCAAGGGCGGGCCCGCCUUCGGUUCUACCAUUAGUGAGAAGCUGAGGAGCUCCGAGUUUUGA